CGUAACCGUGAUAAUAACUUACGGAAAACAAAUUCCAUUGCCUCCGAUUUACUUCAAAACAUAGAUUCACGGCCAAGAGCAAUACGUUUGCACCACAAAGAUCGAAUAUGAAAAAAACCUCAUUAAUUUUUUUGUGGGUUCAUUUUUGAUGUGGCCAAAAUACGAGUUCUCUUUCAUACAUAAUUUUUCUCCAACACUAUUGAAUACGAAGCACAGCACCGGACCGGUGCCACCGGUUUUACACAAUUUUGAAAGACAAAAUGAAACCAGUUGAAAAGUUAACCAAUUUAAAUCGACGGCAGCAAGCACCUCCAAGUUGUGACCGAUUUCAUGUCUCAUUGAUACAUUGUUAAUCACAAUCUCUUCAUCAUGCUAGUCUAUACAAUUUUAAUUUAUUUACUAUUUGGAAAAGAUACUACGAGUGCCACCGUAGUCUCAAUAGAAAAACCUAUUUCUGAGCGAUUGGUGUCUUUGAACCCCGAGGCCAAAUUCAUGCCAAGAACGAUAAAUUUAAGUGAAGGUUGGAGUCCAACACUCUACAAGUUGGUUAUGCGGCCAGAAAUUCAGUAUGGUACUAGCUCUGGUCAUAUUGUCAUCGAUGUUAUGAAAGAUGCCAAUGAAACACAGUGGCCACCGAUCGUUUUGGAUAUUAACAAUAUUACGAUUAACAAGGUUGAAGUGGCUGAAAUCAAUGGAGAGGUCACUCGACUUCUUAGUAUCCAAUCGAAUUAUGGUAAAAACAAUGAAAUAUAUGUCAUUGAUUUGCUGGAGAUGCCGAAGAAUACAUCACUGCAAGUUAACAUCGAAUUUAUCAGUCAACUUUCCACUACAUUACAAGGCUUUUAUCGCGUUGGCUACGACGACAUCGACACCACCGACAAAAAAUGGUUGGUUAGCACUCAAUUUUCGCCGAUUGACGCCCGGCGAGCGUUCCCAUGUUUUGAUCGUCCUGAUAAGAAGGCCCGAUUCGACAUAAGCUUGAUUUAUCAUGAAAACCUGACGAUGGCCUUAUCCAAUAUGCCCAGCAAACAAACAAUGAGAUUACCAAAUGGAUAUAUUCGACAAGAUUUCAAUACAACACCCCUAAUGUCUACGUACUUAGUUGCAUUCAUGGCUACGAAUCUGGUCAAUACGAAUGUAUCUCGAACAUCAAUAAAAGACGCACCUGUCGAAGAAUUACCGCGAAUCAAUAUUUGGAGCCGCCAGACAGUUGCCGAUCUGACACAGUUUGCCUUUGACAUGACGGUCAAAAUUUUGCCAUUCUUCGAAAAAUACUUCGGGAUUCGCUUCAAUUUACCCAAAAUUGAUAUAGUCGCUGUGCCCGAGUUUGGAUUUGGCGCGAUGGAAAACUAUGGCUUAAUCACAUUCAGGGAAUCGGCGUUGCUGGUAUCGGCAGAUGAAGAGCAACGAUCGCCUGCCAAAAGUACUGAACGUGUGGCAAGUACGAUUGCGCACGAACUGGCCCAUCAAUGGUUCGGAAAUCUCGUUACGAUGAAAUGGUGGAAUGAUCUUUGGCUGAAAGAAGGGUUCGCCACUUUUAUGAGUUACGUUGCUCUUGAAGAGAUAAAACCGUCCUGGCGACAUUUGGAUUUCAUUUCAAUAAACGAGCUACAAGCGGCAAUGGAAGAGGAUUCCAACUUAAGUUCACAUCCAAUUUCAUUUGAUGUAAAUACUGCAGCUGAUAUUCGUCGUAUAUUUGAUCCAAUAUCCUACUCAAAAGGGGCAUCCAUAAUCCGAAUGAUGCAAUGUUUUUUGGGUGAAAAAACAUUCAAAAAAGCAUUGCACAAGUACUUGAAUGUGUUUCAAUACAAAAAUGCGGUUCGCAGUGAUUUGUGGAAGAUAAUGACAGAAUUCGGGCAUCGAGAUAAGACACUACCCGCCAAUCUGACCGUUGAAACUAUUAUGGAGACUUGGACAAACCAAGCUGGAUAUCCAAUUUUAAGUGUUGUACGAAAUGGAACAUCAAUUCAUGUGUCACAACAACGGUACCUGUUACCAAAUGGCAUGUCAAACAAUGACACUCAAAAAUGGCACAUUCCAAUCACAUAUGUGACCGAAGGCGAUCCCAAUAAAGAGGAUACCAUUCCAAAGUAUUGGCUUGAGAGUAACGAAAACAAAACACUCCACGAUGCGAUUAGUGGUGAUGAUUAUUUCUAUUUGAACGUUCGUCGCUGUGGUUACUAUCGUGUUAAUUAUGAUUAUAAGUCAUGGGCGGCGUUGAAUUACAGUUAUGAUUCUUUGCCUGAUGUCGUGAUCGCGCAAUUGAUCGAUGACUCGUUGAAUUUGGCACGCGCUGAAAUUUUGGAAUACGAUAUUCCGUUGAUGUUUUUACGUAAAUUACGUACGAGAGACGUUUUGCCAUGGGCAGCUGCCAAGUCUGGCAUUGAGUUUAUCGUAGGCAUGCUGAGCCAAGAACCACUUUAUGAACAGUUUAGGGAGUUCAUGCUUCGCAUCAUCAAGCCGAUUUACAACGAAAUGGGCUUUGAAAAGUCAAAUGAGUCGCACGUGCAAUUACUUCAUCGAGCUGUAAUCGUUCGUCAUGCUUGUUCAUUCGAUUACGAAUUAUGUGUGAAUAAGGCACAACACAUUUAUCGUGAAUGGAUGAUGAACAAAGCUCAAAUUUCCAUCAAUCCGAAUAUAAAGGAGAUAGUUUUUUGUACUGCAUUGCGUGGGGGUUCCUCUAAGGAAUGGAACUUUGCCUACAAUCGAUACUUGGAAACGGCUGACGCAUCUGAAAAAGAUAUCAUUUUAAGUGCACUCGGUUGCACAACGAAACCAGAACUUUGGUCAAAGUACUUGAACAUGAUACUUUCACCAUCGUCGGGCAUUCGUAAGCAGGACGGUCACAAAGUAUUCGGAGCUGUUGCCGAAAAUAGAUUUGGUUCGAAAAUUGCAUUCGAUUUUCUAAGGUCGAAUAUUAAAGAAAUCAGUGAAUAUUUCGGUAACGGUUUCUCAACUAUUUCGAAAAUGAUCAAAUCAGCCACUAAAUUCAUGAACAAAGACUAUCAUCUCGAUCAAUUGAAAGAAUUCAAAGAAAAAGCUGACAGUCUCGGUUUAAAAUCCAUUGGGGAUAGCAUACAGUUGGCUGCAAAUUCAGUUCAAAACAAUGUUUAUUGGCGAUCACAUUCGUAUUAUAAAUUGCAAAUGUAUUUGACAUCACAAAAAUUUAAACUGAAUUAAUUCGAAGGAAGUGAACAUUGAAAAUGAGAGAGAGAUUUGGAAAAUGGAACUAUUUUCAUAUGAAGACAUAUUCAUAUUUUUUUUUGAACGAAACUCAUUAAAAAUUUCUUUUGCAAUUUAA